AUGCUUAAAGGCAGAGACAACGACACUGGUCCAAUCGAGAAAGAAGGGAACUUGAUGAAGAACUCAGAUUUCGAAGAAGAAGAAGAGAACGAAGACAAUGUCGCUUUGCUCGCGUUCAACAUUUGGCGUUCUUCUCCGGGAAAAGAAGAACAAAAUCAAAUCUCUUCGAACCCAUCAGAGGUUGCUGCCCCCAAUACAGAGUUCCAGCCCUUUAGAGAAGAAUUAGAAGUUGGCAUUUCAAGAAUAGAGAUUUUUUCUAAUAAAACUGAGCAACAGAGAUGCUCCAAGUCUGUGAAGUUCAUUCUUCAGUUAUACAGAGACAAGAACUUGUGGGCUUAUUUUCUCGCAUUCUGUGGACAAAUAUCAUCUUAUAGGGAUAAUAACAAGGGGGAUGAUAUACCUUCAGCUCGCGACAUAAGGGAUGAAUUUCAAUAUCGAGAACAACACGCUCACCGUUACUCUGGAACUGCCAAAAAGCAUUUCUUGGCCAAUUCGGGAACCGAAAAUGAGGUCAACCUACUACUGACCGACAGUCGCUUCACCGAUUGGCAUAUGAAACUCCUAAUCCCUCAAGAUUCUAGUACAGAGUGGGUUAUAACUGGAUGGAAAGACUUUUUUUCUGCUCAAAACUCAGAAGAUUUGGGCUUGAUUAGCUUCUACAUACCUUCCUGUCCUGAUCAUAACAAGCACUACCUCAUUGACUCACUUAAAAUACGGAGCAUGCAAAUGGAGAAGCAGAGAAGACUGCAAAACCAACCAGAGUUGAGGAUUGAUGCUCAAGGGGGGUAUAUGAAUACUAUGUUGAAGAGAGCCUGUCAAACACUUGGUGUUCCAAACAAUAUGGCUUCUGAAAGAGAAGGCCAUAAGGGCAGAGGUACUAAUAGCAGAAAGAGCCCCAUAACUCGCUCAGACGAUGAUUUCAUAGGCAAUAGCUACGAGGGGAAUGAAACUGCUGCUGGUCACAGUCCAGGAAACUCUUCCUUUCGCAAGCACUUGACUAGGUCUGAUGUUCGGUGCGGUUCUCUCUAUGUUCCUGGCGAAGUUUCAGAACAGCAUUUCCCAAGUCCAAAGCCACCCGAAAAGGGUUACGAGGAGGAGACGAUUCUUAACGUUCUUGACCAUCAAAACAAGACUUGGGUGAUGACAUUCAAACGAUAUCCAAAACGUUGUUUGAUUGGUGGCAACUGGGGAGAGUUUGUUAGAAGACAUCGUUUGGAAGCUAAGGAUGAGAUCAUCUUUUCCAAAGUUGAGCACCACCAGGCUUCAGAUGGGAAGCACUACUUAAUUCGAUUCAAGAAAAACAGCAACGCAGCGGCCAGUGGAUCUUAGGCAAAGAAGGACAAGGGGUCUCCCAUUUCUGUUACCGGAUUUUAGUUGACGAAAUUGAAGUGGAACAAGUCUUUUAUGAGAUAAUCAGUAUUUGGGAGGAAA